GCAUCGAUAUUGAAGUUUAAAUAAGCGCAUGAAUCAAUCAGACAAAUACUGAUGGAUAUUUGUGAAUUAAUCGGGCAAAUACUGAGCAGUGGGUGUUUUUUAUUGGAAAUAAAUUUAGAAUGUGCGAUUCGCAUAAUGAGCUUUUGCGGCAAACGCAGGCACCGCAAGUGAUUAUGAAUGAGCAAAAUAGCCCUCUGGGCACCCCCACCAAACUGGCACAUCAAUUUUGGUUCUCAUAUCCGCCACCGGGCGCUGGCGGAGGCUCUUCCAACAGCAAAACAUCGCAAACGGACGAGGAGAAGCAACGCGACCGACAGCGCAGCGAGCGUGAAGCGAAGAAAGAGGAGCAGGACGCCAUCAAUUACAAGCGCGACAAGGAGGCACGUGAGGCGCGUUUGCUCGAUCUGGAAAUACGCCGACAGCAGAAGCGUGAGGAGCAUAAGCAGCAACAUCAGUUGCAUCAACAACAACAACAACAACAACAGCAGUCACAGGCCGGCUCGAGCGAGAAGAGUCCGCCCACAACAUCGGGUCAGUCGCAACAACAACAACAACAGCAGCAGCAGCAGCAACAACAGCAGCAACAACAACAGCAACAGCAACAGCAGGUGACUGGCGCUGGCAGCAGCAGCAGCGGCACGACCACAGCGCCCCGCAUACAAACGCCACCAGAUCGUUCGUGUCCGCCGGCGUUUCGCAGUCGAUCCAUUGAGCGCGAGCUACACUACGAGCGCAAAAGGUAUUCGGCACCGGAAACAGCCGAAAUCAAGGAGGGUGUAAGCACGACACCAUCACCGCAGGCUAUAACUGGACCGCCGCCAGCCACACAUCAUUCGGUGGUGGCGGGCCCUCCGGCAACAGCAGCAGCUGCUACAGCUGCUAUAAUACCCAUAUUACCGCUUGGAGUUGCCACCUUGCGUGAUGACUCCACGGAAUCCGAGCAAUCCGUGACGUGUACGCAGGCCCAGCCAGAUGCGUAUCAUCGCAUUAUGUGCCGGGCCCCAAUAGCGUCACUCGACUGCAUGGAGGAGUUCAGUGGUACGGGAGGUCAUCUUGAUUUCGGCCGUUCGAUAAGUUUGGGUUCGAAUCCGGCACUACCGUUACGCCAUGGCUCCACACCGACGCCCGGUUUGCGCUACAAGAAUCUUGGCAAGAGCGGCUUGCGCGUCUCCAAUGUCGGCUUGGGCACGUGGCCCGUUUUUUCGCCCGGCGUUAGUGACGAACAAGCCGAAGCCAUAUUGCGUUUGGCCAUCGAGAGUGGCAUUAAUUUGUUCGAUAUCUCUGAGGCGCAUUCGGAGACGGAGAUCGGAAAGAUUUUGCAGCGCACCGGCUGGAAGCGUACAGCAUAUGUGAUUACGACAAAGGUCUACUGGAGCACCAAAUCCGAAGAACGUGGCCUUUCACGCAAGCACAUCAUCGAGUGUGUCAAAGCCAGUUUACAACGUUUGCAAUUGCAAUAUAUAGACAUUGUGAUCAUACACAAGGCGGACGCUAUGUGCCCCAUGGAAGAAGUUGUACGUGCCAUGAACUAUGUCAUUCAGCAGGGCUGGGCUAUGUACUGGGGCACAGCACGUUGGUCACAUGUCGAGAUCAUGGAAGCCUACACUAACUGCCGACAGUUCAAUUGUAUUACACCAAUAGUCGAACAAUCAGAGUAUCACAUGUUUUGUCGCGAGAAGUGCGAGCUCUAUUUGCCGGAAAUGUACAAUAAGAUUGGUGUGGGCCUAAUGGCUUGGGGACCGCUAUCAAUGGCAUUGGCCGAUACGCAAAAUGGUGAAAAACUAUUUCUGCCAAAGGGAUCAUUCAAGACGAAAAGUCAAAGUUAUUCAUGGACAGAGGAUGAGAUUAACCGAAAUGCGGCCUUAUCGCCACAAGGCAGCUGGGGUAAAGAUCGUGUAGACGAGGGGCGUCGACAUUGUGAUCGCUUGCGCGAUUUGGCAGCACUGGCCGAGAAAUUGGGUUGCAGUCCAACACAACUCUCUAUCGCUUGGUCACUCAAGCACGAGCCGGUGCAAUGUCUGCUUCUGGGUGCAACUUCGGCCGAGCAAUUGCAUCAGAGUUUGCAAUCCUUGCAGUUACUGCCACGCCUCUCAACCAGCGUCUUGAUGGAGUUGGAGCGCAUAUUAGAGAAUAAACCGGUGCGGCCGCCAAUGAUAUCGACACUCGCACUUCGGUGACAAUCAGCCUGCCCUCAGGGGCCGCCUAGCCUCAGUGGCGGCGGCCCUUGUGGGGCAGAGUCACCGAAAAAUGAGGAAGAGGCAUUCUGCGAGGAGGCCGAUGCGAAGGAUGCGUCAAAGCAGGGUUUCUGUGUUAUUCAGUGA